UCGUUUUCACAAAAUAAUUUGGUGGGGAAAAAAAUUGUAAUGAUUGGUUCAAUUCUGGCAUUCUUCUCGUUGUUCUCAUACGCAAUGGCAGCAAAUAAGGAGCGUACUUUCAUCAUGGUGAAACCCGAUGGAGUCCAACGUGGACUCGUCGGCAAGAUCAUCGAGCGCUUCGAACAAAAGGGCUUCAAAUUGGUGGCUAUGAAGUUCACAUGGGCAUCAAAGGAUCUUUUGGAGAAACACUAUGCUGAUUUGUCUGCCCGUCCCUUCUUCCCCGGUUUGGUCAACUACAUGAGUUCUGGUCCAGUGGUUCCCAUGGUGUGGGAGGGUUUGAAUGUUGUGAAGACCGGUCGCCAAAUGUUGGGUGCCACCAACCCAGCUGACUCCCUGCCCGGCACCAUUCGUGGUGAUUUCUGCAUCCAGGUAGGCCGUAACAUCAUCCACGGCUCCGACGCUGUAGAAUCGGCAAACAAGGAAAUCGCUCUUUGGUUCAACGAGAAAGAGUUGGUAUCAUGGCAACCAGCUGCUGAGGGUUGGGUAUACGAAUAAGAUGUUAAAUGUAUUACUGUUGUGAAUACUCCAUACGAAACAUGUUAUUAAGUAAAAAGUACGCUUCUGCCACUAUUCCAAUAAAGUAAAGGGAUGUUAAGUAA